AUGUUACGCCAUUCUGUGCUUCUAAAAGCCUGUACUCCUUGUCGUUGGGCCAGCACCAUUAUCAAACCAUGGUACAUCACGACCCCGAUAUUCUAUCCGAACGCAGUUCCGCAUAUUGGCCAUCUGUACUCUCUAGUCACAGCAGACAUCUUUGCGCGGUAUCAUGCUCUCAAAAAUCCAUUGAGACCGGUCUCUUUCGUCACUGGAACGGACGAACACGGUCUUAAGAUUCAAAAAGCUGCACUUAACAAAGGGCUGCCUCCAAAAGAGUUUUGCGACGCCAUAAGCCUGCAAUUCCGUAAACUGGCUCAUGAAGCCGACGUGAAUUUCACAAGGUUCAUCAGAACUAGUGAGGAAGCGCAUUAUACUUCUGUAGAACAUGUCUGGCGCCAACUAGACAAACUGGGCCUCAUUUACAAAGGUUCCUACUCGGGCUGGUAUUCGAUAACGGAUGAGUGCUUCUACACAGAUAGCCAGAUUGUACAUAUCGCAGAAGAAGGACACACACCAGCCCGCACUGUCUCCAAGGAGACAGGCGCUACCGUUGAAUACAGUAGUGAAAUCAACUACAUGUUCCGACUUUCUCAAUUCCGGGAAGCUCUUUUAGAACAUUACAGCUCCGAUCCCGAAUCUGUCGUCCCUCUGGCACACCAUGCCCAUCUUGUCAGCAUUCUCCAGUCGCCAUUGGAAGACAUAUCCAUAUCUCGUCCGAGGUCUCGUCUCUCCUGGGGAAUACCUGUGCCGAACGACCCCGACCAUACAGUAUAUGUUUGGUUCGAUGCUCUCAUAUCAUAUCUCACUGCAAUUGGUUAUCCUUGGCCCAACUCAGGAGUGAGUCAAGGCUGGCCCGUGGACAUGCAGAUUAUUGGGAAAGACAUUGUUCGUUUCCAUACUGUAUACCUCCCAGCAGUCCUUCUAGCUCUUAAGCUUCCACUUCAACGCCAAAUUCUUGCUCACGCGCACUGGACAUCUUCACAAAAGAAAAUGUCGAAGUCUCUUGGUAAUACGACGGACCCGUUCCAAGCUAUCAAGGAAUUUGGCAUCGAUUCUGUGCGGUAUUAUCUUGCCAAGGUUGGGGGGCGGUUUCAGGACGACGUAGACUGGUCCCACGUUCAAGUAACCAAGCAUGACAAAGAACUCCAGGCCGUACUAGGCAAUCUUUACAUGCGGAUCACCUCCCCUGCCAUCGCUUCUCGCAUGGCUCCAGAAUGUUCUGCAUCCGAUAGAGAGCCGUUUAUUCCUCUCCUCGAAGCUUCUAAGGCGCUUCCCUCGGUUCUUUCCAAUUAUAUGGACAAGGUCAAUGUAGCAGACGCGUUGGAAGCCAUCAUGGAUGUGCUCAGGCUGGCUAAUAAAUGUCUCACCGAUGCAGCUCCUUGGAAAUCAUCGCCAGAGGUCGCUCGUGCGUCUUAUGAUUCGUGUUUAGAAUCUCUUCGUGUCUCGGGAAUCUGCUUACAGCCGUUUAUGCCCCGCGUGGCUGGAAAGCUUCUGGACGCGCUGGGUGUUUCGCCGGCAGAACGAUCGUGGAUAAAUGGACAAGUGGGGUCAAUAGGGGACGUGGUAGCGGGGGUGAGAUUAUUUCCUGCCGUGUCGAAGUGA